UGAUCUUCGGGACAGGGCGACUUUGGGGUUCGAGCUGCACGGCGGCCACCCAGAGCUCAGAGGCACUCCCAGACACAUCUGUGGGACACAAUGUCGCACCCAUCCCCCCAGGCUAAGCCCUCCAACCCCAGUAACCCCCGAGUCUUCUUUGACGUGGACGUCGGAGGGGAGAGAGUUGGUCACAUUGUCUUGGAAUUAUUUGCAGAUAUUGCACCCAAAACUGCAGAAAAUUUUCGUGCACUGUGUACAGGAGAAAAAGGCAUUGGACCCACCACGGGGAAAGCUCUCCAUUUCAAAGGAUGCCCUUUCCAUCGAAUUAUUAAGAAAUUUAUGAUUCAGGGUGGAGACUUCUCAAAUCAGAAUGGGACAGGUGGAGAAAGUAUUUAUGGUGAAAAAUGUGAAGAUGAAAAUUUCCAUUAUAAGCAUGAUAAGGAGGGAUCACUGAGCAUGGCAAAUGCAGGCAGCAACACAAAUGGCUCUCAGUUCUUCAUUACGAUGGUUCCGAGUCCUCACUUGGAUGGGAAACACGUGGUGUUUGGCCAAGUGAUUAAAGGAAUGGGUGUGGCAAGAAUUCUGGAAAAUGUGGAGGUGAAAGGUGAAAAACCUGCCAAAUUGUGCAUUAUUGCAGAAUGCGGAGAACUGAAGGAAGGGGAUGAUUGGGGAAUAUUCCCAAAGGAUGGAUCUGGUGACAGUUAUCCAGACUUCCCCAAGGAUGCAGACAUAGAUUUAAAAGAUGUAGAUAAAAUCAUAUUAGUAACAGAAGACUUAAAAGACAUUGUAAAUACUUUUUUCAAAUCCCAGAACUGGGAGAUGGCCAUUAAAAAAUACACAAAGCUUUUAAGGUAUGUCGAAGGCUCAAAGGCUGCUACUGAGAAUGCAGGUGGGGCAAAGCUGCAGCCUGUUGCUUUGAGCUGUGUGCUGAAUAUCGGCACUUGCAAACUGAAGAUGUCCGAUUGGCAGGGAGCAGUUGACAAUUGUUUGGAGGCCCUUGAAAUAUACCCAGCAAAUACCAAAGCACUGUACCACAGAGCCCAAGGAUGGCAAGGACUAAAAGGAUAUGAUCAAGCAUUGGCUGAUCUUAAAAAAGCUCAGGAGAUAGCACCAGAAGAUAAAGCUAUCCAGGCAGAGUUGCUGAAAGUCAAGCAGAAGAUAAAGGCACAGAAAGAUAAAGACAAGGCAGCUUAUGCAAAAAUGUUUGCUUCAUAAGGAAUUGAGUUUUGCUUAAGUAUGCACUGACUGUGUAAAGCGAGUAAGACAAUUAAAGGGUUUUGUCUAUUAUGUAUGAUCCCGAAUGUGUUCCCUCUGACACUUCAGUUCCCACUGUUUACAGUCUAGGAAUACGGGUAGGGAUUCACUCUUAAUAGACCAGUG